AUCAUUCCCCGUGGUGUGUACAUUUACAAAGUCACCUUGAACUAAGGAGCGGGGGACGAAGUCGGCGAUUCCGAUUGUACACGCACACGCACCUCCGUCUGCCUACUGCCUAUCAAUGACCGGCUUGUCGUUCAGAUAGGAGUUUAUCUUUACCGGAUCUACACGCCUACCGGAGUCAUUAUAUGAUGCUGUAUUGGAUCACCCACCUACCUGUUGACGUCUGAAAUGUAUCCCCGCCCGGAGAUAAACAAUCCCUUAGACAAAUAUUAACCCAAACAUCCACUGAUUCGCCGUGUGUGGAGUGCAAUGGGUAUAAGUAUAGGACUUGCCGAUUCUAAGCCAAGCACAUAUUACAUUGCUAUGGCUCUUUCUACCAACUCCUUUGGACGUAUUCUACGCGAUGAUAUUUCUACCAAUCUCGCCGUUCAACAGCAGAAGAUGGUGGAAGAUUCUCGAAGGCGUGUCGAUUUCGGACGUAGGCUCGAGACCUCGUUCGACAAUAUUACAGGCUGCCUUCAGAAUCUUUCUGCAGACAGCGAUGACUGGAAUUUUCUACAAGAGCAUGGCCAACAAAUUCAAGAUCUCAUCAUCUCGUGGCAGAAUAUCGCGAAGGACUUCAGAAGGGCUCGCCUGGACUCCCAGCUAAUCAUCCGACUCGCUUCCCUUGCGUCCUGGAUGUUCUCAAUGGAGUUCCUUGGUGAAUUCGAGAAGCGGGAAUAUUGGCCUCAGGAAGAAAUACGAAAGUUCAAGUCUGACAUCGACAGACUUCAUAUUCCCGAAGCUGGACGCCUCGUAGAGCGCUUUAGGACCCUGGCGGAUUCCGUGAAGAAGGCGACAGAAGAGUGGAACGAAGCCUGCGCUGGCAGUAAUAAUUUUGAAUAUACUGCUAUUACUUGGGACGCGGAGGACAAACUCCACGAAGUUGACCGCGAGAUUGCUUCGACGAUAGAGUUGUGUGGCGUCCCGAUGGCGCGUGCCGGUAUCUUUGACUUGAUGCAUACCAUCUGUCCAUCGGCCUGGUUUACAGCUUUGAGAUCUAUUCCCCAUCACGAUGGUGGCGGAAUUGCUGACAUGGUGUACACGAGAUGCGAGGAUCGUGAUCGCAUCUUUUUGACCGUGGAAGAAGAACGACGUAGACUGGAGCAAUCUUGUUUCCAAGCAAGAUCCUUCUCGAAGUUAGAUGCCAUGAUGCGCAUGCACGAGCAUGAUGUGAACACCUACGUUGGUAUCAUUGCUAAAGCUUGUCACGUAUGGGAUACGGUUAGGCAAUCGCUCAUGGAUCUCUUCCGGCAGCUGCUGACGGACUUUUCAGAUGGAUGCAGAUAUUCGUCUUCUCCUUGAAGCACGUCCCGAGUUCCGGUCUGGAGGUCAGGACAAUGAGGACGCUUUAAAGACCAUGAAGUAUGUUCAGA